AUGGAACAUCGAACAUUGAAACAACAUGACGAUAAUGGUGGUCAUCGAACAGUUAAAAAUCUCGCUGCACAUUUUCAAAAUUUGAAAAAUAUUCAAACAGCUGCUCAAACUGUUGAAAGUUACGAUAAUGUAAGCAACAAUUUACCACCACCGGUUCGAAUUACACCAUAUUCAGGUGUUAAACCAAAGGGCAUGGAUAUUAUUAAGCCAGUAGCAUUUCGGCCAUAUGUUUCACGUAAAUCGGAUAAACGACAAACAGUUAUCUCAUCAUCGUUCUCUUUUUACAAUAGCAACAAGAAGAAUGAUUUUCUAACAAAACGAUUAUCAAACAGUGAUGAAUUGAAACGAUCUUCACAACUUUCGAAGGACACCGUAUCAAAUCCAUCUGUACCACCACCAACAGCAGUUAAUGGUGGCAGCAGACCGCGAGCCAUCUAUCAACCAUCCACCAGUUUCGAAUUAGCAUCAGCAAUGAUGGCACACAGAAAAUCAGAUAAAUUUGAGGCUGAAGAGAAUGAUUAUGAUGUUGUGCCAGAAUAUAUUGAACGCGACAAAUUCUACAUUGAUGAUUCGACAAUCAAUGAGAACUACUCUGUUACACAUUCGAUACCUUACUGUCGCAAUCCAUCCUCCGAGACAUUUCCUGUCGUAGCAACGAUACAAAAUAACAAUGCUAACAUUGGUCGUGAUAAAAUACAACAGCAACAGCAACAGAACGGUAAUGCAGCAAUGAGCGUAGUAGCUGGAAUUUCAUCAUUAAAUCUUGUCAAGAAAUCUCCAUCUUCACAUCAAGUUUAUGGUUCCAAUACUUCUUCUGGUAGUCGUCAUAGCUCAGGAAUACACGUUACACCUUCACCAAGCGACUCCGGUAUUGUCGAUUACGAGACAAUCAUUCGAGAUAAAGAGAACGAAUUGACAAACGUACGAGCAACAAUGGAACAGAAUGAAGAAGUUGUUGUGAAAGUUUAUCUUGAAAAAGAACGAUUUUGGAAAGAGCAACUUGCUGAUCUCAAACAAAAGUUGCAGGCUAGCCAACAAGGAGAAAAUGCAUUACGGCAACAAAUUCAACGAUGUAACGAAGAACGAGAACAAUUCCGAGUUACAAUACAAAAUCUUACCAGUGAUAAGCAAGGAUUGCAACGCAAGUGUUUGCAAAUAGAACGUGAAUUGUUCCAACUACGUGAAUGUUUCGAUGAACUCAUUCGAAAUCGUGAUGAAAUUGUUUGCGGUCCAUGUCACAAACGUAUUACAUGUGAUGUUACUGUAGCAAAUAACAAUAACAGUACCGCUGACAAACGUAUGAAACCUCCACUGCCAACACCACGAUAUUCUAAGGAGUCGUCAUCAGAACGUGAAUUGCGUACUGAAGUGGAAGAGUUAAGAGAUGAAGUGUCAACUUUACGUGAUACACUGAAUGAACAAAUCGGUCUCUUUGCUGACGAAAGGAAACGUUGGGAAGAAGAACGAAUUAAGAUCUUGAAGUCCAGUAAUUCAUCAACAAAUCGAUUAGCACUCUUUUCGACGAAUGAUUCUACGUCGACUGACAUAACUUCUCAGCUAUCUAGGGAUUUGAAAAUUCUAACCGAUGGUAAAUCAUGCAUUGUUAGCCAUGAUCGCCUAAUCUGA